GGCGAGUCCGGCGCGUCCGGCUGAGCAGCGGAAGCGGCGGGCGGUGCUCCCGGGCCGGGCGGCUGGCUGGCUGGUCGGCGCUGCAAGCACCGGCGGGCGGGUGCCUCGCGCCUGCUCUGCGCUGCCCCCGGAACCGCGCCGGCCCGGCGAGCGCGGGCGUCGGCGCCGCGUCCAGCCCUCCGGCCUUCCCAGGCCCGGCCGGCCCGGCGGGGACAUGAGCUUCUUCGGCUUCGGGCAGAGCGUGGAUGUGGACAUCCUGCUGAACGAUGCGGACAGCAGGAAGAGGGCCGAGCACAAGACGGAGGAUGGGAAGAAGGACAAGUACUUCCUCUUCUACGACGGGGAGACGGUGUCCGGGAAGGUGAGCCUGGCGCUCAAGAACCCCAACAAGCGGCUGGAGCACCAGGGCAUCAAGGUCGAGUUCAUCGGGCAGAUUGAACUCUACUACGACCGCGGGAACCACCACGAGUUCGUGUCCCUGGUGAAGGACCUGGCCCGGCCCGGAGAGGUCACCCAGUCGCAGGCGUUCGACUUUGAGUUCACGCACGUGGAGAAGCCCUAUGAGUCCUACACUGGGCAGAACGUGAAGCUGCGGUAUUUCCUUCGCGCCACCAUCAGCCGCCGCCUCAACGACGUCGUCAAGGAGAUGGACAUCGUGGUCCACACGCUGAGCACGUACCCGGAGCUGAACUCCUCCAUCAAGAUGGAGGUUGGGAUCGAGGACUGUCUGCACAUCGAGUUUGAGUACAACAAAUCCAAGUACCACUUGAAAGAUGUCAUUGUGGGGAAGAUCUACUUCCUGCUGGUGAGGAUCAAGAUCAAGCACAUGGAGAUAGACAUCAUCAAGCGGGAAACGACAGGCACGGGCCCCAACGUGUACCACGAGAACGACACCAUUGCCAAGUACGAGAUCAUGGACGGCGCGCCCGUGAGAGGAGAGUCCAUCCCCAUCCGCCUCUUCCUGGCGGGCUACGAGCUCACGCCCACCAUGCGGGACAUCAACAAGAAGUUCUCUGUGCGCUACUACCUCAACCUGGUGCUGAUUGACGAGGAGGAGCGGCGCUACUUCAAGCAGCAGGAGGUGGUGCUGUGGCGGAAGGGCGACAUCGUCCGCAAGAGCAUGUCCCACCAGGCAGCCAUCGCCUCGCAGCGCUUCGAGGGCACGGCCCCCCUGGGGGAGGCGCGCACCCCCGGCCAGCUGUCCGACGGCAGCAGCAGACAGUAGGCCUGGGGCCAGGAAGCUGCUGGGCUCGCACCCCGGCUCCAGGCCCCCGGGCACCAGCGGCCGGGGCAGCAAGAUGCUCAGCUGACCCGCUACUCGCAACCUGAAAACAAAUCAUGUUCUUGAUGUAAAUUCUUUUUCCUGAAGAACCUAAGGGGUUGGGGUUGGGAGGGAGUGUCUCUGGGACGCUGUGGCUGAUGGGAGCAUAGGGAGAGGGGGCGUCCCGGGGAGAGCCGUCUGCGGGGCUGCCUGGGCCGCAGGAGCACAGCGCGGCCCGGGCUCCGAGCCUCCCGGGACAGGAGCUGGGGAGGGGGGGGCGUCCCACGGGUGGUCCUGUCUCACACUCCCCUCCCCCGUCCCUUAGCGAGUGGCAGGGGGUGUGGCGCCCGCCCCGCUGUAACUGGCGGUGAGGGUUCAAGCCCAGGAAGCCGCCUCCUUGGGAGCUUCGGAUGUGGUGCUUUGGAGCCUCCACAGGCCACCCUCCUUCUGGCCCUUCUCUCACCGCUGGGACCGGGCACCUCCCAGGGACUGUGGUCAGUCACGUCCUGGAUGGAACGGGAGCUUGUGGUAGGGCCUUUGGCUGAUGUCCCUGGGCACAGACACAUCUGUGUCACCGGUGGAUGGCAAGCAGGUGGACCUCGGCGGCUGUGCGUGGUGCGGGCAGCCCUGAGGGCCGGAGGUCCUUGGCCCCGGCCCCUGAACGAGGACAUCUUUCCCCCGAGAAGAGGUCCGGGAAGGGCCCGUUCUCCCCGCCUCCCCAGGAGUGGAUCCUCUUGGCUCCCUGCUGCCCAUCUCACUCCUGGGAACCGGGGCUUGGUCUCAGACACGUAGAAGCUUUGUGCUCACCCUGCGAGCUGGGGGGAAGGGGAGGGCCUCCUGAGCCGCCGUCCUCCCCACCAGCCGGCUGCCCAGAGCUUAGGACCAUUGGUGGUGUGUGUGUGUGGAUGCUCUGGUCAUGCUAGAGAGGGUCUCCCGCUGUCGCACUGCACCGCGCCUGUCCUGUUAAGGCUGUGGAGGUCCUUCCUGUCUCCUGUUGGCCUCUCUUCCCUUCUGGAAAGACCAAGCAGACCCCCAUGGCCAGCAGGUACAAUAGUUGGUGGUCUGAGUUCUCUGUCGUUUGGGAAGCAGAGGGGUUGGUUCUUGGGUCAUCUUUCAGUUAGUGUGGAAAACGGGGACCCGUCUUUUCCUCAGAAAUUGGUGCAGCGGUAGGCCUCGGACUGGGCAGGGCUCACGGAUCAGAGCUGAGAUGGGAGGGAAGGGCGUUCGGGGUGACGCUCGAGGUGGGCUGGGGGCAGCAGAACCGAGCAAGGGAAGCUGGUUCCCCCAGGCUGGACCCCGGGUUCAGAUGUGAAGGACAGUCCCCGUGGGGACAGGACCACCUGUGCAGCUGCCCCUGGAUUAUCAGGGCUGGGGGCCUAAGUGUGGGAGAGGCAGCUCCUGUGUCCCUCGCCUUCUCCGGAGCGUGAGCUGGGGCUCUGGCGCCUCCCACGACAGCUGGCCCCUUAACUACUAGGUACCCGCCGAUCCCUCUGCCUUCCAGCCGACCACAGAUUCACUUCCCAACCUUCCCGACCCCUGAAGCCUGUCUCCUGAGAGAACUAGAGGUAGAAUUUGCUUCUGUCCUCUCGGGAGCUUCUGUUCUUUCCCCUGCCCCAUUCUCUGCCUCUUUGUGCAUCGGGGAAGGGGAGGCCCAUCCCUGGGACCCUGGCAGAGCAUAGGGACUGAGCCAAGCAGUGUGGCCUGGGGCUGAGCAGCUGCGGUGUUUACAAGUUUCUCAACGUGUGUCUUUUCAAUGGCUGUUUUAAACAAAGCAGUCUGUUUCAGCCGUCCCCCUGAUUAAAGCAAGCCCCUGGGCUCCGAGGCAUCGUGCCCACGGUCCACCA